UGAAACCCAUCAGCUCAAAUAUAAUUGACAUAACGAAUAAUCAUUUAAUGGAAAGAUUAAAUAUAAAAUGUGAUUAUCAUUUAUGGGUUCCUAUUGUUAACGAUGCUACGAAAUAUAUUAAUCAAUUAAUCGAUAAUUCUGACACUCGCGAUAAAUACCGUAGAAAACUCCAACUUUCAUUUAUACCACUGGAAGAAACGUAUUCAUUUAGCAAACAUUAUGAAAUGAAUUGGGUCCACUGUUUCGCCAACAAAUUGUGGGCUCCACGAAACCCACUCCUAAAUAAAAACUCAGAAGGUUGGCUGAACUGCCAUAUUUUGACUCCAUUAAUCAAUGACUUCUUUUUGACAUGCGAAGAAAUUCAAGUACAUCGGAGUGAAGAGAUAUCAUUGACGUCUAUUGAGCAUAAAAACUUAUCACGUGAAGAAUCAGAAAGAAAACAAUAUGGUCACAAAAUUGACAUUCUCUUUCGCAUCGAUGACACAGAAUACUUUGGUUCUGAAACAUACGUUGACGAAGAUCCACAGAAUUCAAAACUGAUUUCCUACAAGCAAAAACUUUUCCGAGAGAUGAAAGACCAACUAGACCGCCUCUUAAAAAAGUUAAAUUUUACAAGAGAGACAGCUAGGGAGAUAAAGAAUAUUAUUAUACAUGGAAUAAAUCAAGGAG